AUGGCCACUGCUGGCGGUGCUGCAGUAAGGUCGCUGCUGCUGGGGGCCAUCGUCUUCCUGCUCAUCGCCGCCGUCGCACAGUCGUCGUCGGCGGCCCGUGGUGGUGUUACGUUACGCGUUGACCGUCGCCACCAGGUGGUCGUCGUGGACAACGGCGUGGUGCAGGUGACGCUGUCGAAACCGCAGGGCCACAUCACCGGCGUCCGCUACAACGGCCAGCGCAACAACCUCCUGCACUACACCGGCGGCCAGCAAAACUCGGGAGGGUACUGGGAUGUGGUCUGGAACUACCCUGCUUCCGGUCAUCCAAGAGGAAUGAUCGACAUGUUGGACAGUACCGAGUUCAACGUUGUGACCUCAAGGGAAGACCAAGUGGAGCUUUCUUUCAGGAGCACGUAUGAUCCAUCACGCCAAGAUAGUGUCCGGCUAAACGUUGACAAGAGGUUUGUAAUGCUGAAAGGCAGCUCUGGGUUCUACUGCUACGCCAUCUUCGAGCACAACAGCAGCUGGCCUGCUCUCAACAUUUCAGAGGCACGGCUGGCUUUCAAGCUCAACGCAGACAUGUUCAACUACAUGGCGAUCUCAGACGACAUACAGAGGUACAUGCCGAGCGAAGCAGACAGGGACGCGCCACGUGGCGCUCCGCUGGCCUACAAGGAGGCCGUCCUGCUGGUGGACCCCGUGGAGCCGCAGUUCAAGGGGGAGGUAGACGACAAGUACCAGUAUUCGCUGGACAACAAGGACAACGCCGUCCAUGGCUGGAUCAGCAGCAGCAACCACCCCAGCAUCCCGGCCAUGGGGUUCUGGGUGAUCACCCCCAGCAACGAGUUCAAGAGCGGCGGGCCCAUGAAGCGGGAGCUCACCUCCCACGUCGGCCCCACCUCCCUCGCCAUGUUUCUUGGCACGCACUACGUCGGCGACGACAUUGUGCUCAGCCUCGGCGACGGCGAGCACUGGAAGAAGGUGCUGGGCCCGGUGUUCAUCUACCUCAACUCCAGCCCCAGCAGGCGGGCCGGCGGCGGCGGCGACGUCGUCCGCGGCCUCUGGCACGACGCCAAGGCGCGGGCGCGAGCGGAGGCCGGCAGGUGGCCGUACAGCUUCCCCGAGUCGCCGGACUUCGCCAAGGCGGGCGACAGGGGCUCCGUCACCGGCACGCUCGUGGUCCGAGACAGGUACGCGAGCAAGGGUGACGUGCCGGCCGCGGCGGCCUACAUCGGGCUCGCCGCGCCCGGCGGGCAGCCCGGGUCCUGGGCGACGGAGUGCAAGGGCUACCAAUUCUGGACGAGGACGGCGUCGUCCUCCGGCGCGUUCAGCAUCGGUGGCGUCCGGGCGGGGGUGUACAGCCUCUACGCGUGGGUGCCUGGUGUCCUCGGAGACUACGUGCACACGUCCACGGUGACCGUGACGGCAGGUGGGGCCGUCCACCUCGGCGACCUCGUGUUCGUGCCGCCGAGGUCCGGCCCGACGCUGUGGGAGAUCGGCGUCCCGGACCGCACCGCCGCGGAGUUCUUCGUCCCCGACGCCGGUCCCAGGUACGCCAACAACAGGCUCUUCCUGGGCAGAGACAGGUACAGGCAGUACGGCCUGUGGGAGAGGUACGCCGAGCUGUACCCUAGGAGUGAUCCUGUCUUCACGGUUGGGCAGAGCCAUCACUCCAAGGACUGGUUCUUUGCACAUGUCACAAGGAUGGUUGGCAACGUCAGUACACCGACGACACGGCAGAUACGGUUCAACCUCGACCACGUCGUGGCAAACGGCACCUACACUCUGCGCAUUGCUCUUGCAGCUGCUCAAAUGUCCAGACUCACGGUGCGCGUCAACGGCAGAGCGAUUAGGGAAGCCGUGUUCAGCACGCCGGAGUUCGGCGAGGGCAACGCCAUCGCGCGGCACGGCAUCCACGGCGGCGUGCAGUGGAGCUUCGAGUUCCCCAUCAGGGGCUACCUGCUGCGGCAAGGCGAGAACAGCAUCAGCAUCACGCAGACGAUGGCGUUCGGGCCCUUCUUGGGGGUCAUGUACGACUACCUCAGGCUGGAAGGGCCACCGCCGGCAUGA